GAAGAAGCAGAAUAAGAAGAGGAAGAAGAAGAAAAAGAAGAAAACGAAGAAGAAGAACACUACAUGGCAAAAUGGCCGCGACCAUAAAGAACGUGGAAGAAAUCCGCAACCGAGUAAUACUGGGUGAAUUUGGAGUAAAAAAUGUUCAUACAUCAGAUUUCCCUGGCAACUACCCUGGCUAUGAUGAUGCAUGGGAUAUGCAAAAUUUUCAAAAGAACUUCAGAAUUGACAUAGUGCAUCUGGAUGAGAACAGUAUGGAGUUUGACAUGGUGGGGAUAGAUGCAGCCAUCGCCAAUGCCUUCAGAAGGAUCUUACUAGCAGAGGUGCCUGCUAUGGCUGUAGAGAAGGUAUUUAUCUAUAACAACACAUCCAUCGUCCAGGAUGAAGUCCUGGCCCACAGAUUAGGCCUCAUCCCCAUCAAAGCUGACCCUCGCCUGUUUGAGUACAGGAAUACUGGUGAAGAGUCUGCAGAAGAAGAAGGUUCAGAAAUAGAUACAAUACAACUGCAGCUGAAGGUUAAAUGCAGCAGGAAUCCCAGAGCCAGUAAAGACUCCUCUGACCCACAAGAGCUGUAUUUGAACCACAUGGUUUAUUCCAGGGACAUAAAGUGGGUCCCGAUUGGGAACCAGGCAGACGUGUUUGCAGACUCCAUCAUUGGACCAGUACAUGAUGACAUCCUGAUUGCUCAGCUCCGACCAGGACAGGAGCUGGACAUCAUCAUGCACUGUGUCAAAGGAAUCGGUAAGGACCAUGCUAAGUUCUCUCCAGUGGCCACAGCCAGUUACCGCCUCCUCCCAGACAUCACCCUGCUGGAGCCGGUGGAGGGAGAGAAGGCAGAGCGCCUAAAAUGCUGCUUUUCACGAGGAGUUAUAGACAUAGAAGAUGUUAAUGGGAAAAAGGUCGCCAAAGUAGUAAACAGCCGCUUGGAUACGUGCAGCAGGGAAGUCCUCCGACAUAAUGACCUGAAGAAUGUCGUGAAGCUGGGAAGACUGCGAGACCAUUUCAUCUUUACUGUGGAGUCGACUGGCAUCCUGCCUCCAGAUGUCCUAGUCACAGAAGCCAUCAAAGUCCUCAUGGCCAAGUGUCAGAGGUUUCUUAAUGAACUGGACUCUACCGACAUGGAAGUAAAGUAAAGAAGUAAAGACGGAGCAUGCUCAGAACAACCACAGGAUCUGAUAUUUAGAUAUGCCACAGUCUAUCAGGGCAUAUAUUGUUGAUACUGAGCUCUCAAUGGCUCUCAAGGCUGUAUUAUUAAAACCUAUAGUGAAGUUUCAAAAAGCAGAUAGUGGUUAGACUUGCUCAUUAGUGUGUGUGGAACUGCUGUCUCUGUGUGUACACUCUAUUAUGUAUGCCACUCUUUAUUUUCCCUAAAUAAACAUGCCGAAGCUUCUAAAAACAUCA